AUGACAUCCGAGAAUAGCAAACAACUGCGCGAUGAGCUGUUUGAAGCUGGCCUUAAGAACCGACGGGAAGUCGUUGGAGAGGCUUAUGUCGAGACUGCUAUGCGUAACGGCUCGAGCGAGUUCGCCUAUGCUCAGCAAGAGCUGAUCACCGAGUGGGCUUGGGGAAACAUCUGGUCACGUCCCGGCUUGGAACGCAAGCAGAGAAGCCUACUAAAUAUCGGUAUGCUCAUUGCUCUGAAAAGCUGGGCCGAGUUCGGGAUUCAUAUUCGUGGCGCGAUCCGGAAUGGGUUAACAGAGCUUGAAAUCCGUGAGGCGAUCCUUCAGGCGACAGUUUAUUGCGGUGCUCCAGCGGGUGUCCAGGCUAUGAAAGUCGCUGAUGAGGUCAUCAAAGAUAUGAUAGAGAAAGGGGAGCAUCAAAGACAGUUGUCAGAGGUCUCGCCGAGCUACAAGAAGCCAGAGUAG